AUGAUAACGCCUGGUUUGGGCGAGAUGGGAGAAAUUAGUCUAGUAACUCCCCAAAUUCCAUCAGGAUGGUCUGCCCCAUCCUCUCGAACCCAUACUCCUGCUCCUGCGGCUGUGCCGCCUCAUGUAUACUCCCCUAUGUCGUUUGAUCAGAUGUCAGAUCGUGAACUUCUGGAUAUGUUGCAAGGGGCUUACGAAGCCCAAGGAGAUCAAUUAGCCCUACUAAGGGCAGAAUUGGAGGAACAUCGUGAUCAGUCGCGUAAUCAACACAUUUUUUAUUCAAACCAAAUCCAAGGGGCGGCAGCAUCCAUUCAGGCUGUGCAAGAUCAGCUCCUUCACCAAUCUUCCUCUUGUCCCACGGCCCCACUUCCUCCACCUGCUGGUACAAGCACAGCCACCACUGCCCACAUUCCCCCACCUGCUCCUACGUCUUCCAAUUCUGAUUUGAAAUUUGCCAAGCCAAAUAAGUUUAGUGGCAAAAAAGAAGACGCCCUCAAUUUCAUCAUUGCCUGUCAAGCUUACAUAAGGGCAAAAGGGGCCAAUCGAUCCCACGAGGAAAAAAUUUUGUGGGUAACCUCAUACUUUGAAGGAGCUGCGGAAGAUUGGGUACGCCCCUACAAGGAAAGAAAGGUGUUUAGGGGAGAAGCGGUUCCCUUAUUGGAAGACAUUGACGUAUUUUGGGCUGAGUUCACUAAACACUAUGUGGACACUAAUCGCGAUGAGAAGUAUUGUCAAAAAUGGAAUAAUUUGCGGCAGAAGGCGUCAGUUCAGGAAUAUACCCGAGAAUUCCAACAAUACUCCGUAUCCUUGGGUUACAGUGAUGAGACACUGCGUGACAAGUACUAUGACGGCCUUAAAAACGAAAUCAAAGAUAUUAUGCUGUCAACUAUGUUCCAAUGGCGUCGUGCUACAGCUCAGCAGGUUUAUGACAAGGCAGAAGAAAUUGCCAAUCAUAUUGAAUCCACACGCCUGUCUAAUCCAUCCACUUCCGGCCCCACUACUCGUACCACUUCCACUGCUGUUCCCACUUCCAAUCCCACUCCCACUCGUACUCGUCUAAAUGUUGGGGAUAAUGUGUAUAUGAUUGACCCCACUACUUGUCGCGCCAAGAAAGGCGCUAUUACCUCAAUUGUGCGCACAACUUCUGGGAACAUGCCCAAUGUUAGGUGGAAUGGGGAGACCAAGGAUACCAUGAUCCCAUUCCCUUCUCUUAAAAAAGACAAACGACCUGCUACGGCUGCAACUGUAAAACCCAUCAUCGAUCCCACUCCAGUCCUAGCCUCAAAUUCUAAAGGUCCAGGUCCCAUGGAUCUUGAUGGAAGAGGUUUUGCAAAUCUUACAUGCCAUGUAUGCGGUGGAAAAGGUCAUUUCGCGCGCAACUGCCCCUCUAAGCCCAUGUCUGGACAUGUGGCCAAUGUUGAAUGGUCCUGGGAAAAGCCCAAAGAAGAAAAUUGGAUUGAAGUUGUUUCUAAUGAGGAGGAGUCGGGAAAAGGAAAAGCCAAGGCCAACUAA